AUGGCAGCACCAAAUGGAAACGGUAGCGUACACGAUAAUACUUCGAAUACAUUUUACAAUAGUUCCAAGGAAGAACGGAUUAUACAAGCCAGUCUUAUGAUAGCCCUGGCAAUAGCGAGUUUAGCUGGCAACGGGAUAGUGGCGUUCAUCGUUAUUAUGCAACAGAGAUUACGCUCGUUGUCGAAUAUUUUGUUGGCGAAUCUUGCUUGUAUUGAUUUAGUCAAAAGCGGAGUUCUCAUUCCGCUACUAACCGCUACAAUUGUAACUCAUCCAUCGGAUUCGCCACUUAAAGGCCAAGUAGCUUGCUUGAUAUUAUUGUCGUUCAGUGCUUUUGCGAGUACAGUGACUGUUUUAGCUUAUUUGACAAUAUGCACUGAUCGCUACAUUGCUGUUGUCCAUCCUAUCGCGUAUAGACAGAGUUGGAAAAGUAAGACUAGUAUCCGAAGCUUAUUCGUUCUCUCUCCUUGGUUUAUCGCCGCGAUUGUGGUGUUUCCUAUUCAUAUAGGCUCCCAUAUCGAUGUAAACAUUGGUCAAGAGACGUGUACACGUUAUCGAGCAGAGUUUUUAGCGAACACAACAACUACUGCUGUUUCUCUUAGCAUAUUUAUUGUUUCGUUGUUCGCUCUUAUUGUACUCUACGCGUUGCUCUUUAAUAGCGUGCGAGAACUUGCGAAACGGAGGAUACAGUUUGUAAGUGCAGAAAAUUCGCAUCGAGUGGAAGAACGGGUGAGGAAACUCGAAAUUCACACUGCUAAAACAACUGCAAUCACAGUCGCUGCUUAUGUGUUUCUAUGGAUCUUAUACAUGAUCGUGACAUUACUCCGAUAUCAGGACUAUAUAUCAUUCUGGUUGGAUUUCCUUAGCUUGUUUUUUCAAUACACAAGUGGGGUAAUAAAUCCUUUUCUAUACUUCGCGAGGAUUAAGGAACUAAGGGAUGGUUUGAAAAGAGUUAUCAGACCACGAGAUUGGCGCUAUGCGCGAACGACCUCCAUGACGGAGCGCUCUAGACGGUCUGGUAUUAAUUUAAGGAGUCCCAUAGCCUCAAAUGAUGUUAAAUACGACGAGGGAUCCGCUGUUGGCUCAGGUACGGGGUCCGCAGAAGAUGGACCGGCGAAUGUUUAA